AUGAUUAUCUUCAGGCAUAGAAAAGGCUGUCUUAUCACCGUUCUACUCUGCCUCACUAUCUUUGUGUUACAUACUGGACACACUGGGCAGCUAUUCUCCAAGUCACUUGUUGAUUUGGCAAAAAUUGCCCUUCGGCUGCUGGGCAGGAAAAUCUUUCCAAGUCAUUGUGCAUGUAUCAAAUGUAUGACUCAGCCGGAUGAUGACCUCUGGUUUCAGAAGCGCUUCAUCAGGUCUAUCAAACCAUUUCUGACCAGAGAGAACAAGAAACUUAAUGAAGAUACCAGAGCAUGGUGGCAGAAAUUGCAGGAUGACCGUAGCACAGCCACCUUCAGAGAGGUGGUGGAACACUUGUUCCAGGUCAUCCCUGAUGACGACCUCUACAUGGACGCAGGCCCUGAGCGCUGUAGGACCUGUGCUGUGGUGGGGAACUCUGGGAACCUCAAGGGCUCCCACUACGGAGCCCUCAUAGACUCCAAUGAUGUCAUCAUAAGAAUGAACAUGGCUCCUACCUUUAGCUAUGAGGAGGAUGUAGGAAGCCGGACCACACAUCAAGUCAUGUACCCAGAGAGUGCCAUAGAUCUGGACAACACCACCAGGUUCCUGCUGAUCCCUUUCAAGACUCUGGACCUUCAGUGGCUACCCGGCGCCAUCACCAAUGGAUCUAACAUCACUUACUCAUAUUUACCUCUUAGACCAAAGAUAAAGGCCAACAAAGACUUGGUAUUGGUUCUUAAUCCUGCAUUUAUGAAAUAUGUUCAUCAAGUCUGGCUUGACUAUCAAGGCAAAUAUCCCUCUACUGGAUUCAUGGCUUUAAUAUUAGCCAUACACAUUUGUGACGAGGUGAAUGUGUAUGGAUUUGGUAAAGACAAAGAUGGCCACUGGCACCACUACUGGGAAGCAUCAACCAAUAAAUGGCUCAAAACUGGAGUACAUGAUGGAAACUAUGAGUACAACGUUGUCAUGAAGCUCUCGGAAAAAUUCAAACUACAGAUAUAUUAAGUGAUUUUGAUGAUUCAUCAAGAUUAUUUAAUUCACAGCUGUAUGCUACAAUAAUCUUUUGAACAAAGUCAUCAUCAAAUAGGUGUUAGCUUAUUGUCUACAUUGCACAGCAUUUACAUCUUAUUUUAACAGUUUAACCUUAUCGUUUAUCUACACUACCGAUUUUGGUUUUGCAUGAACUUGAACCGAUUGUUUCCGUUUUAACUUAAAUUAAUCAGCAGUUAUUAGCCAUUAAAUCAAAUGGCUCCCUUGUAGUCAGAUAUUUAGAGUUGUACAUGAGUGAGGGUGGUUGUUUUUCAUGCCAUGGACAACUAGUUUUAUACUUUCUGAAACUCAUUUGGUUACUUACUUACCUGAAUGAAAGGACUGUUACUGUAAAUGUUACUAUUACUUACUUUGGAGGAUUUUGUUUAUACUUUUCCAUUGACUGAUUAAAAUAAUAUACACCACCUGCAUCAGUUAGGCUUUCAUGCCCUUUGUAUGGAUUUAUCACAUCGAUGUAUGACCAUAAGUACAACACUGACAUCUAGAGGCUAAACACUGGUAUAACGUGUUACAUUGUUAGACGUGACACCUCAUUGCUAUGAAAGAUGAC